AUGUCGGGCGCCGAUUUUUUCAUCCGCCCCACCACUGAGGAUGACAUCCCUACAAUCCUCUCUCUAAUCUACGACCUUGCGACCUACGAAAAGGCGGCCCACCUCGCUCAAGCUACGCCCGAGCUGCUGAAGAGAAAUUUGUUCGAGCUGCAUCACGCUCACGCCCUUCUAGCAUUUGCAGGGACCUCCGCGGAACCAGGCGAAGCGCUCGGCCUUGCACUUUACUAUUUCAAUUUCUCUACUUGGACAGGAAAGCCAGGCCUUUAUACUGAGUAUCCGAUCAUCACUGAUGGGUCCGUCAAGCUUGAGGACUUGUUCGUUAAGCCCGAGGCAAGAAGCACAGGCAUCGGGAAGGCAUUUUUUGCCGAGCUCGGUGCUAUAGCACAAGAGAAGGACUGUGCUCGGAUGGAAUGGGUUGUCCUUAAGUGGAACCAGCCCUCUAUAGACUUCUAUGAGAAGAAGCUCAAAGCCAAAGCCAUGACAGAAUGGAUGGGCAUGCGCUUGGAGGAGAGCCAGAUUGAUAAUCUCAAGAAGCUCUCUGUUAAGCCAAACUAA